CCUGUGACCACAGACUCGCCAAGUAGUUUGUGCCAGGCGACCUCGCUCCCCCGAGCCAUCUCUGCAGCUACUCAGAUACGCACCCAGCGACCUUUCUUUCUCUCCAGAGGUGUCAAAGAAACUACAUCUCCCGACAGGCAGCGUUUCCCUUCCUUCUUCGCUCUCCCUCUCCCGAUCCCUGGCAACGGUGUGACGUGAGGGGACCCGGAGCAGCGGUCAACGCUUCAGUGACAGCCUACCCGGCGCGCGAGCCGGAGCAGGGCGAAGGCAGCGGGAGCCCGCGCCGCCUUUUCUCCCCGGCCUCUCCUGCAGCUCGCCGCCGCCCGGAGGGCCAGGCAGGGGCGCGCGCAUGGCCUCUGCGGGCGCGCGGAGGCUCCCGGCCCCGACGCGCGCCGCCGCCCGGAGCUGCUGCGGCUUCUCGCUCUGCCGGGGCGCGCGCUCUCUCCCGACCCCGCCCCCGGGCUCUCCGCGGUCGCCGCGGCCAAUGAGGUUUCUUAUUUCCUGUAACCUCCUCUUGCCUCGCGCUGCCCAGGUCUUGGCGGCUGAGGUUGGCCUUCCUCCUAGUCGUUCCUUCAUGGGCUUUGCUGCCCCCUUCACCAACAAGCGAAAGGCUUACUCAGAGCGUAGGAUCAUGGGUUCCUUGGCCUUCAAUUCUUCUUGCUCUAGGUACUCAAUGCAGGAAAUGUUUGAGGUGGUGUCCAAUGUCCAGGAGUACCGAGAGUUUGUGCCGUGGUGUAAGAAGUCACUGGUGGUAUCCAGCCGUAAGGGUCACCUGAAAGCCCAGUUGGAAGUCGGGUUCCCACCUGUCUUGGAACGUUACACCUCUGCAGUCUCCAUGGUCAAACCACACAUGGUCAAGGCUGUCUGCACUGAUGGCAAGCUCUUUAACCACUUAGAGACUAUUUGGCGAUUCAGCCCUGGUAUUCCCGCCUACCCUCGAACCUGCACCGUGGACUUCUCGAUUUCCUUUGAAUUUCGUUCUCUGCUCCACUCCCAGCUGGCGACCAUGUUUUUUGAUGAGGUUGUAAAGCAGAACGUUGCUGCCUUUGAGCGCCGGGCAGCAACCAAGUUUGGCCCAGAAACAGCCAUCCCCCGUGAGCUCAUGUUCCAUGAAGUGCACCAAACUUGAGACAAGGGAUUGUUUCCUUGCCUCUAACCCCUCUUCCCACCCAAUUUUAUUUAUUUGGUUUGGCUCUGAGAGAGGUCUAAGUUUCACCUCUCAAUUCUUCCUAAACUGGGCUGCAUGCUGUCUGGACACAGGAAAGAUAGCGGAUAUGAAGUGAGAUAGAUACAUAGGAAAGGGUCAAGCACAUUCUGAAAGCCUCACAUGCCCAUGGCCGUUGCACACCAGAUAAAAAGCAGGGCUGUAGCUGUCUCUGGGCCUGGUCAAGAAACCUUACUACUCAGUUGAUGGAAUUUAGAAGGAACUUUCUCACACAGAGAGACUGGCUGGCAAGUAACUUUUACCCUGCUAAGAUUUCUCAGGAGAAAAGGCAACCUGCCCCAGUUUAGGAACAUGUCCAUGCUGUCUGACAGGUAGGAAGUGAGGAGCUGCUUUACCAUAGUGCCACAGAGCAAGGGGGAGAAGUCACUAGACAGUGUUGUUCAUAUUGUGGGAUGUAUCUUUUUUCUCCCAUGUGGCCUGAGUUUUUAUAAAACUUUAAUAAAUGGUGACAGUGUGAA